AUGGGCAACUUGAAAAUAAGAGACUAUGACAACAUCACAUCUUUUCUUGGAUCUUGGGGACCCUUCCAGCUAAGGAUUUUUUUUGCACUUGCCAUCAGCAUUCUCCCUAACGGGUUUAUUGGAAUCUAUAUAGUAUUUGUAGGUGACACCCCACCUCAUGAAUGCUACAUACCUGAAAACUAUAACCUCAGUGAGAUAUGGAGAAAUGUGACAGUACCCUUGGAGACAGUGGAUGGCACCGUGAAACGUAGCUCUUGCUCAAGGCUUAACCUGGAAAUUGUGAGGAACUAUUCUGAAAACAACAUUGUCCCUGAUGUGGAUGUGAACGUGAGUGAAAUUCCUUUGGAGCGUUGUCAGGAUGGGUGGACAUACAGCAAAGAAAUCUACAAGUCAACCAUUGUCACAGAGUGGGACCUGGUAUGUGAGAAUGCAUACAAAACUCCACUGACCACUUCUAUCCAUUAUGUUGGUGUACUACUGGGAGCGUUUAUCUCAGGCCAGAUGUCUGACAGGUAUGGACGGAAGCCAGCGCUAUUUUUCAUGAUGGCACUUCAAACUGUGGCAAUUACUGCACAGAUAUUCUCCCCAACCUGGAACAUCUUCACUUUAAUUUUCUUCUUUGUGGGUGCUGGGGGAUUCUCCAACUAUAUUGUGGCAUUCGUGCUGGGUUCAGAAAUUCUAAACUCAAAAGCCAGAGUGGUCUUCUGCUCCCUUGGUGUUUUCAUGAGCUCAGGUAUUGGGUACAUGGCAAUGCCAGCGGUUGCGUACUUCCUGCGAGACUGGCGAAUGCUGCUGAUACCUAUGGCUGCUUCUGGCCUGAUUUACAUACCUCUGUGGUGGUUGGUCCCAGAGUCUCCUCGCUGGCUGCUCUCUCGGGGAAGAGUGGAGGAAGCAGAGGCCAUACUGAAAGACGCUGCCAAGAGGAAUAAUGUAGAGUGUCCACAGGCCAUUUUUACACCAGCUGAGAUUGAAGAUGCUUUGACCAUGAAAGACAAGAAAAACAACAUUUUUGUCUUCCUGCGCAGCUGCAACAUAUUGACAGUUAUUUUACUGUGCUCACUUAUGUGGUUCAUCAUCACAAUGGGUUACUAUGCUUUAAUCCUCAACACUUCAAACCUGCACGGUGACCCUUAUUUAAACUGCUUCUUUUCAGCUUUGACAGAGGUGCCAGCUUAUAUAGUUGCCUUAUUAUUGCUCCAGUAUUGCUCCAGGCAUCUCUGUCAGUCUUCUACACUCUUCGUUGGAGGCGUUAUGAUCCUCUGUGUUAACCUCAUUCCAAUAGAUUUACCAGGUGUGGCUGUAUUUCUUGAGAUGUUGGGAAAAUUCGGCAUUACAUCAGCAUUUUGUGUGGUGUAUGCUGUCACAUCAGAGCUCUUCCCCACUGUUAUUAGAAAUACGGCCAUGGGGUGUUGUUCCAUGGCUGCUCGCAUUGGAACCAUCAUCUCCCCCUUCAUCCUUUACCUGGGACAAUACUAUAAGACACUCCCUUACAUAUUGAUGGGAAGUUUUGCCAUUGCUGGUGCCUUUGUGUGUCUCCUGCUGCCAGAAACGUAUGGGAAGUCUUUACCAGAGACUUUAUCACAAAUGCCGCAGAUGUAUAGAUGCAGUUUCAGAUAA